GCCAACAGCAGAAUUUUACGUCUCUUUCAUGGCAGAUUGAAGGAUUUGUUGAGAAGUACAAGAAAAUGAAAGACAGGGCAGCUCUUUUGAAAGGCAGUUUACAUAAGUCCCCGUACAUUAAUACCAACAACUAAAAAUGUUGACAGUGAAUAGUGAACCUUUACUGCUGUAGAAAGUGAUGACCUUUGAAAGAUGGUGGUGUGUUUUAACAGAUGAACUUGAUCUCUGCAUUCAGAGAUCUGUGCAGAACAAGAGUGGUAUUGUUCAGACUGAACCAAUAAUAAAAUGAAUGGAUUCCCAUACUGUGGCCAGUCGAAGUUCUUUAUGCAAAUUGAAAAAUUUCAUUGAUGAAGACUGUGAUUUACCACACUUCAUUAAAAACAGAUUUGCUUGUGGAUUCCCUAAAGACUGGGAACUGUUAAGAAGAAAGUGGAUCAUGUUUUUAAAAGCAGGAGAACCACAAGAUUUUCAGUGGAAGGGAAAUGACAAUGCAGCUAUUUUAGACAGCUGUUCCUCCUCCCAAAAGCCCCUGGACAAUCAUCACAAGAAAGUAGUUGUGAGGAAUUCAGAAACAAAACUCAAAAGAGGAAUUCUGCAUUUUCACCUUUACCUGCCAACAAUAAGUUCACAGAUACGGUUCAUGGACUUGGUUCUAACAAUGCUAUAA